CUUUUGGGUGCAAUUUCUGCAGAUACCAUGUCUGAGCAAAUCUCUGUCUCUCUGCGUAUAUAAAGGGUACAUGACUCUUCCUCUUCCUCUUGCGCGGGCUCUGUCUCUCUCUGCAUUUUGAUCGAUUGAAGCACAGUGCCAUGUUUGCGCAACAACAUGCUUGAGGAUGUGAUUUCUUUUUCUCAGCUUCUAAUCUUCUUGACUUGAGUGUCAAAAGAAAAGAAAAAUACCAAGAUGGGGUCUAUACACCGCAGUGUACUUUAUAGGAAAACAAGUGAUAGUGUCAGGUUCAUUAUCACAACAAUUUUUGGAGUUGCAUUUGGUUUUUUCAUUGGUAUUUCAUUUCCGUCAGUUUCACUUACAAAGUUUCAACUGUCUUCAGGCCUAAUAUCAUCUCAUGAUGCAAAGGGACAUAGUAGAAGCAUAUCAAACAGUCAAACUAGGAUUUAUGUUCCAACAAAUCCUCAUGGUGCAGAGUUAUUACCUCCAAAUAUAGUUGUGUCAGAAUCUGAUUUUUACUUGCGGAGAUUAUGGGGUGAACCUAGUGAGGAUUUACAGAAGAAGCCAAAAUACUUGGUAACAUUUACAGUUGGUUAUGAUCAGAGGAAUACUAUUGCUGCAUGUGUUAAAAAGUUUUCUGAUGAUUUCACAAUUUUGCUUUUUCACUAUGAUGGUCGGGCUAGUGAAUGGGACCAAUUUGAGUGGUCAAAAAGAGCAAUCCAUGUCAGUGUAAGAAGACAAACAAAAUGGUGGUAUGCAAAGAGAUUUCUUCAUCCUGAUAUUAUUGCUGCCUAUGAAUAUAUUUUCAUAUGGGACGAAGAUCUUGGAGUGGAGCAUUUUGAUGCAGAGAAGUAUAUUGAGUUGGUUAGAAAACAUGGUUUGGAGAUCUCUCAGCCUGCUCUUGAGCCCAAUAAUGGACUUACAUGGCAGAUGACGAAGAGGAGAGGUGACAGAGAAGUUCACAAGGAUACAGAGGAGAAACCAGGAUGGUGUAGUGACCCACGUUUGCCUCCAUGUGCUGCCUUUGUGGAAAUCAUGGCCCCUGUGUUUUCUCGAGAGGCUUGGCGAUGUGUGUGGCAUAUGAUUCAGAAUGAUUUGGUGCAUGGAUGGGGAUUGGAUUUUGCUCUCAGAAGAUGUGUAGAGCCUGCACAUGAAAAAAUUGGAGUGAUUGAUUCACAGUGGAUUAUUCAUCAAAUAGUUCCUUCUCUUGGGAAUCAGGGAGAGCCCGAGAAUGGGAAAGCUCCAUGGGAAGGGGUGAGAGCAAGGUGCAGAAACGAGUGGUCUAUGUUCCAGAAUCGUCUUGCCGAAGCAGACCAGGCAUACGCUUCUCAGACUAGUAAAGAGUGAUAUUUGCAUCCUUGGCACCCUUCUGUCUCACUUAGCCUUGAGAGACGUUAGAUUUAAAUACUUAUACUUAGUGAUAGUAGUAGUUUCAGGGGCAAGUAAUGAAACUGGUAGGACAUUCACAGAUGUAUAGAAGAACUUUUUUUUUGGUCUCUUGCUGUAUAGUCUCCUCUCCUUCAUGUUUUCUUUGUGUUUCUCUUUCAUUCUGGCCUCUAAGGAUAAAAUGAUAAAAUUUGCCAAUG